AUGUCGGCUACGGAGCAGCCGUUAUUAGCGCUUUUACAAUGGGUUGGCGGAGACUAUGAUCAAACAUACACCGCUGGUGUCCCUGUUGAUUGGAUUAUUGAUUUUAAUCCUGAAACUUUUGACCCGGAAAAUGAAGAUCAGGACAUUUCGUAUUUGGUUGAGUGGCGAGAAAUGAAGAAAAAUAAAAAACCGAAAAAAGGAUGGGAAGUGUAUGAUGCACGUGUCAUCAAAAUUUCUCGAAGUUUGAAAUCUCUGGACGACGAAAUUAAAAUUCUUGAUGGCUUUGUUUCACCAUUCCGUCCUAUACAAGCUCUUGAAAGGAUUCAGAAGAACUUAAAAAAUCCCACUAAAAGAAAUCUGGAAGGUGAAUUCGGGAGCAGCACCAAAGGGCAACAUGACUAUUUAGAACAACCAGGAAUUUCCGGGAUUCAGAAAAAGAAAAAAAAGAGAUCCAACAAUCAAAACCAGUCGGUCACUGAAGUCGACAAUGAUGGCAAAAUUGGUGAUAAUGGACAAUCGUCAGAAGUACCACCAGAGAUCGAGCCAAUUGAAAUUGGUCAUGAAGGUUCCAAUGUCUUCGUGCGACGUGAACAGUGGGAUACAGCAAAUAGUCGAGACACUUUCCAGAGCAUGGGCGUAUCUUUAGUGAGGGCAUUAUUUGAUGACGAAACUCUGCUCCGGAGUAAUUACAAAGGAGGAAAGAGCAAAAUUAACAAAAAUGCACCUCAACGCCCAGGUUUAGAUCCCAAUAUUAUGACUUCGAUCAAAGAAGCUGUAAAACGCAAAUUCCCUGUGAAGUUUAAGCAGUUUGUGUUCGGUAUGGCUAUCAACAAUAUGAUGACAGAAUUCCGGAGGAAAAAUGAAGUUGCUGAUGACAUGGAG